AAGAUUCAAUCUUGGAGUUUUCUGAGAGUCCCAUUUUCAUGAAUGGCUUGAUACUGUACCCAUUUGAUUGGAUGCUCUGAUUUUUUGUUUUUUAGUUAAAUGCUUUGUGUUAGUUUUGUUACGGUAAUAAAUCAUGUGUCUUAGUUCAGGAAGUUGUUGAUCUGUGUUGUCAGGGAUGACUUGUGUCUGUUUACAGUAACGAUGAAGCUCAUUGCCAUGAAAAAGCCAUUUUCUUUGUCAAAACAUUUCCUCAAAUUGAGUUUUGAGUUCAACAUAUUUUGUUUCUAAAAUUGCAUAUUUUCCUUCUGUGAUCAACUGCUUCUUUUCAUUGCACUUUAUCUUUGUAGCUUCAUUGCUUGUUCAUGGAUAUCGGUUGUUUUUUGUGCUCCAAAAGCAUAUUUUUGUGGAUGAAACAUCCAAAUUUGCAGCCCUUGGUUCUGCAUAGGAUUUCUUAGAAUGUUUUUGCUAUUAAGAACUUCACUUCUAUUAUGGAAUUCUCAGUUGUGUUUUGGCAUUUGUUCCUGAGGAAGUGGUUUGAAGUUAUUGGUGUUAUUAGGAUUUCUUCCACAAAUUUUGCUUAUUGGUCACUAUAGUGAACUUCAUUUACCAGUUCCUGAUCAAGUAGAGUCUAACAUACAACGAGCAGAUUUUUUGAGGCUAAACUAGAGCAUUACUUGCUCUCUGCUGCAGUUAUGGCAGCCUUAUCACGUUCAGAAUCGAGGCGGUUAUAUUCUUGGUGGUGGGAUAGCCACAACAGCCCUAAGAACUCUAAAUGGCUCCAAGACAAUCUAACAGAUAUUGAUUCCAAAGUCAAAUUUAUGAUCAAGCUACUCGAAGAGGAUGCAGACUCGUUUGCAAGAAGGGCCGAAAUGUACUACAAAAAACGGCCUGAGUUGAUGAAGCUAGUUGAGGAAUUCUACAGGGCGUAUCGUGCACUGGCUGAAAGGUACAAUCACGCGACAGGGGAGCUGCGCCAUGCCCAUCGGACCCUAGCAAAGGCAUUUCCUGACCAAGUACCUGUCGAUCUGAUCGAAGAUUCCCCUUCAAAACCUCCUGGCACACCUGAAACAAGAAUAGUCCGUGCAUUGUUUGGCACGGACGACAUGCAUGGGAUUAAAGAGGAUCAACAAAUGGGAGAUGAAGAAGAUUUUAAAUAUAUUGAGCAAAGCACAACUUUCAAUGAUCAAGUGCAGAAACUUUCAAAUGAGAAUCAACAUCUCAAAGACGUUGUUGCGAAGGAGACUGGAAGAGCUGGAGAAGCUGAGAGUGAAGUUGAGAACUUGAGACGGGCCCUUGCUGAUAUCCAAGCUGAAAAGGAGAGUGUUCUCGUCCAGUAUCAACAGUGUCUGGCAGAGCUAUCCAGUGCCGAGAGGGAGCUAAACAAUGCCAAGGAUGACUCUGUCGAGCUCAAUGAGAGAGCUAGCAGAGCUGAGAUAGAAGUCCAGACGCUGAAGGAAGCUCUUGUUCAGUUAGAGGUCGAGAAGAAUGCUGGACUCAUUAAACACCAGAUGUACUUAGAAAAGAUAACAAAUUUGGAAGAGAAUCGCAGGGAACUGGGAGACAAAAUCUCUAGAUUAGAGCGUGAAAGCAAAGAAGAUUAUAAACAAUGCCUGGAAAAGAUAUCGAUUCUUGAGAAUCUGAUCACCAUUCUUGAGAACGAGGCUCGACUGCUCAAGAAACAAGCUGAGACAGCAGAAAACCAAGUCUCUGAGCUUCAGCGGUCCCUUGCAGAUCUCAACAAGGAGAAAGAAGAUUCUGCACUGCGCUACAAAAGCUGCUUAGAGACGAUUUCCAAGCUCAAGAAGGACUUGGUGAGUGCGAAAGAGGAAGUCAAGCGCCUCAACAAUGAUGUUUUGAUCAGAAAUCUGAAGCUUAGGACUGCUGAAGACAAGUCUAUCCUGUUGGAGAUGUCAAAUCUUUCACUGCAAACUGAGGCAGAGAAACUGGAAAAGAAGAUUGCUGCCAAGGAUGAAGAGCUAUCCCGUAAGCAGGAGGAGUUGGAGAACCUCCAAACAUGUUUGCAAGAUGAACACAUACGUCGUGCAAGUGUUGAGGCCACUCUUCAGGACCUGCAUUCUCAAUCUCGAGAUGAUCAGAGAGCUCUGAGGCAGGAGCUGGAGAACGUGCUUUGCACUCUCAAGGACUUGGAAGCAAGGAAACUGAGACUUGAAGUAGAGAUUUGUCAGGUUCGGGAAGAAAAUCAAAGCCUGAGUGAAGCAAAAUCAUAUUCGAUGGAGAAUAUGCAGAAGGAAAUCCUUACCUUGAGGGAGAUCAAGGAGAGGCUUGAGAAGGAAGUUUCACGCCACACUGUCCUAAGUAAUUCUCUCAAGCAGGAGAUAACGCGCCUGGAAGAGGAAGUUGAGGGGCUGAAUAGGAGAUACCAGGCUUUAAUCGAACAAGUUGAAGCAGCAGGUCUGAGCCAGAAGUGUGUGGUGAGUUCAAUAAAGAGCUUGCAGAAUGAGAACUCAAUGCUGAGAGAGAUAAAUGAAGAGGCAAGCGACGAGAGACAAAUCCUGUCGGAUAAGCUGAAGGGCAUGCAAGAACUUCUGGAUAAAAAGGUGGUCCUAGAAAGCUCCCUCUCGCGCUUGCAGAGUGAGCUGGAGAGCUCACAAGACACGGUUAAAGCAUUGCAAGAAUCUUCCUGGUUUCUCCAAGGAGAAAAUGCCACAUUUGUGUCUGAGAAAGCUUCUCUUCUGUCUCAGUUGAAGGCUAUGACGGAUAAUAUGCACAACCUAUUGGAGAGAAACGCAGUCCUUGAGAAUACCCUCUGCAAUGCAAGAGUAGAACUCGAAGGUUUGAGGGAGAAAUCCAAGGGAUUGGAAGAGAUGUGUGAUUUGCUUAAGAAUGAAAGAUCACAUCUUUUGGAGGAAAGGAGUAGCUUGGCGAGUAGGUUGGCUAACGUCGAGAGUAGACUGGAAACCUUGGAGAAAAGAUAUACGGGGCUGGAAGACAAGUGUGUGAGCCUUGAGAGAGAAAAGGAGGCAGUGCAUUGUCAAGUCGAAGAAUUCAAAAUUUCAUUGCUUAUGGAGAAGCAAGGACGAAGUUCCUCCCAGCUCCAGAGCAAUACCAGAUUGGCCGGACUUGAAGACCAAAUUCGUUUCCUGAAGCAAGAAAAUGGCUGGAAGAAGAAGGAAUACGAGGAGGAACUCGAGAAAUCACUAAAAGCUCAGUUUGAGAUAUCUAUCUUGCACAAAUUCAUGAAAGACAUGGAAGAGAAGAAUUGCUCCAUCAUCAUUGAGUGUCAGAAACAUGAUGAGGCGUCCAAAUUGGCUGAGAAAUUGAUCUCGGAGCUGGAGAAUGAGAGCCUCGAGCAACAAGCGGAAGCUGAAGUCUUGUUGGAUGAAAUCGAGAGGCUGAGAUUGAACAUAUACCAGGUGUUCAGGGCUCUUGAAGCUGACUCUGACUGUCACCCCGAGGAAAAGAUUGAGGGUGCUGUCCUCCAUAUUCUAGGAGCUAUCGAAGAUAUGAAAUGUUCCAUCUUGAGCCAUGAGAAUGAAAAGGAGCUGCUCUUGGUCGAGAACUCGGUUCUCCUGACUCUCCUCGAGCAGUUGGAGUCCAAGGGGAUGGAAUUUGAGUUGCAGAGGAAGACAUUGCAACAAGAGUUCAAAACAAUGGGCGCUAUGGCGACAACUGAAAAGGACAAACUCCAAGAGCUGAACGCGAUAUUAAAAUCCGAUGUAAGUGAGAGCCGCCAGCAUGCUGCUAUGCUUGAAGCUGAAUUGGAGAGUCUUAUUAUUAAACAAGCUGAUUUGCAUAAAUCAUAUGAUGCUUUAGAGGAGGCGUACUUGCAAGUGAAUCGAGAUAAUACAAACUUACUUAACAAGUUUUCUGAUCUAAAGGAGGAGAAAUAUAAGGUAGAUCAGCAUAGCAAUGCUGCUCUACUUGAAUGCCUAGCAACAGCUAAUGAAUCAGUUGUUUUUAGGAGCUUUGUUCAUGAGAAGGCUUCACAAGUAAAGUUACUUCUCAGUGAUCUGAAUAGACAGCAUGAUAUCAAUUGUGGCCUUGAAAGAAAGAUGUCUGCAUUGGUAGAGAAGCUGGAGCUGCAAAACGCAGAAAACGAACUCUUGAAAGAUACUGUUCGUGAAUUGGAAGGAGAGGUGCAAGGGAUGAGAGAGCACAAUGUUGAGAUGAAGAAGGAGAUUCUAAGUGGUAAACAUAGUUUGCUUCAAACAGAGGGAAAGCUCCUGGAUGCAGAAACGAAGCUUCAAACUGUUGAAAAUUUCAACCUACAGUUGUGCAGAACGGUGGAUGAGCUGAUGACUGAUGUCCAAGAGUCAGUGCAGAUGAAGGAGACUCUCGAGAAGGACAUCACCCGGCUGUUCGAAGCUAAUUCAGCCCAGAGGGAGGAAAUGGAGAGCCUAAAGGUGAUGAAGAUGAACUUUGAGAGCGAGCUUUCCCAACUCCGUGAGCAGAUGGAAGAGAACACCAUUAGAGAACGGGCUUUGUGUUCAGAUCUCAAGGAGAAGAGCACCGAGUUUGAACUCUGGGAAGCUGAAGCAACUGCGUUUUAUUUUGACUUUCAGAUCUCUUCUAUCCAUGAAGUUCUGUUCAAGAACAAAGUGCAGGAGCUUAGUGGAGUAUGCAGGAAACUUAAGAAUGAGAAUGCUUCAAAAACAUCUGAGAUGGAGCAAAUGAAAGGUCAGAUUAGCUCGAUGGAGAAUGAAAUUACUGGGUUGAAAUCACAACUAUAUGCAUAUUAUCCAGUUAUAGCUGCUCUAAGAGAUGAUAUAAUGCUUCUUGAGCACAAUGCACUUCUUCAGAUGAAGCUGAAAGCAUCCCGUAGACACGAGACAGAGAUUCUCGAAUUCGUUGCAGAUGACUCUGAGACAGUUGUUGAAGAUUCAUCCCUUGUUGGCUUACAGAGCUUGCAGAUGAGAGUGAAUGGGGUUGGGAAGUUGAUGGAAGAGAUGAACAAGCCGGCAGCCCUCAGAAGAUCAAUUUCCAGAAGCAAGCAAGAAUCUACAUCGGGUGAGCUGGAGCAGGUGAAGUCACGUUGUUUCUCGGGCAGGGACAAGCACGAGCACAGCCGGAGGAAAGGGCCUGGAAGCGAGACAAGCAACACUCCCAAGCUGCAGAAGAUAAAAACCAAAGCCUCUGAAACAAAGAAUGGAAUGCUGAUAAAAGACAUUCCACUUGAUCAAGUCACGAGCGCCUCACUAAAAGCAAUCCGCAAGAAAGGCAGUGGGAGGGUAGACGAUCAGAUGCUUGAGCUGUGGGAAACUUCCGUGGGGAAAAGAGGAGACCUAACAAUUGGCGAGUCGCUUAGGAGGUCGUUCAAGACGACUGAUAAGGACAUAGUGUACGAUGAUUUUGAGAACGCGAAACGCAUGUCUGAUCCCCCCUUCACUGAUUCUGAUGCGGAGAAAGAGCUGGGCGUGGACAAGCGCGAGGUUUCGAGAAGCAGCGGCAGCAGCAGCGAGCUGAACAGAGAAGUGAGUGGCAGGAGAGUCCUUGAGAGGCUCACCUCCGAUGCCCAGAAACUCGAGAGCCUUCAGACGACAGUGCAGAACCUAAGAGGCAAGCUGGAGACCAACAGAAAAGGUUAUAGGAAGGCCAAGAAUGUUGAUCUUGAAACAGUUCAAGAACAGCUGCUGGAAGCAGAGGAAACAGUGGUGAAUCUAGUGGAUUUGAACGGCCGGCUUGUGAGGAGCAUCGAGGAAUGCCCUUCCCCGGAUGGGAAGGCGUCACCACAGAAGAAAGAGGCUGUCAAGACUCGGAGAAGGAAGGUGACAGAGCAGGCGCGAAAGGGGUCUGAAAGGAUCGGAAGGCUGCAGCUCGAGCUUCAGAAAAUCCAGUACAUCCUGCUGAAGGUGGAGGAUGAGAAGAACAAAUCUAGGAACAAGUUUCUGAAGAGCAAAACCAUCAUCCUGAGAGACUUCAUCUACAAUGGAAGACGGAACAGCGGGAGGCGCAAGAAGGGCCCUCUGUGUGGGUGUUUUAGGCCUUCAAGUUCAAGUAGUAGGAGUGGAAGCAGCCCUUAGUUUUUUAUUAUUCUUUUUUUUUUACCCUUUGGAUUGAAUAGAAGUUUGCUACAUGUAUUUUAUCUUCUCUUUGAUUAGCUGGAGAAGAACUGAUCUCCUUAUUGUAGAUGAUGUCUAAUGUUUUGAAUAAACUGCUUCUGCUAUCACAUACUAUAUGUGAGUUGAGUAGGAGAAUGUCUAUUGUGUUUCA